AUGGAAUCCACGACAGAAAUUGCCGGACAUGCAAUGAGUACAACGCUGGGUGUUUUAUCGAUUGCCCAAAAAUUUUCAAAAUCGGCGGCAGUAGUAGCGGAUACGAUCACACCAUUCGUUCCCUUGAUGUCGGAAAUAUCCAACAUCGUUAAUGAAAUCAUUCAGCUGUACCAGACGGCAGAACACAACAAACGGAUAUGUGGCUCUUUGCUUUCACGCGCGACCUCAGCGGAAACAGCAGUAAACAAUUUAAAAAUUCGAAGAUUCGAGAACGAAGACAUGUUUAGGUCCAAAGAAUAUUAUAAGAAUUUUCAAAAACUUGUUUCGAUAAUUUCAAGGAUCAAAGAUUUUAUCGCCGAAGUAUCACAGAUUAAAGGGCUGAGAAAAUUUUUGGUUGCGAAAUCCAUCGAAGGCGAAUUCAAAGAAUUAACAUCAGAGUUUGACGGACUAAUGAGGGUGAUGAAUUUUACGAUGGCC